AUGGCGAGCCAACAGCAUUACUACCCUCCUCCGCCCGGCGCGAUACAGAGCUCAACAGCUCCUCAACCGCAGCAACAGCAACAUCAAUACGCGCUACCACCGACCUCUCCUCCGGCUAAUCGCAUACAAUUCUAUCCUCCUCCGCCUCAACCUCAGCCUCAGCCUGGACAAGCUGUGAACUACCCUCCUCCUCCUCAACAUACACCAUCUCCCCAAGUUCCCCACCAGCCGACGCCGAUUCACUAUCCGUCUCCUCCCCAGCCUGAGCAGCAGACUCCCUCUCCACAAGCCAAGCAUCACUCCCAUAGUUCCUCUCAGGGCUACUAUCCUCCUCCUCCAACUUCGGCACCAGCGUACCAACAGCAUUUCCAGCACAACCUGCCUCAGGCAACACCUCCACCUCCGCAAAAUCAGUAUCAUGCGCCGGGCCAACAGAGCAACUUGGCCAUGAGGCCUGGGCCAACUCCUCCAGCAGCGACUCCCCAGUCUACUCAACAGAACUUCGACCCGCCCCCGCCAGUAUCUCCUCUAGAUGAGAACCAAUACCCCAUUGAGAAGCCUAAGCAGGAACCGGAACAGCAGCAACAGCAGCAGCCUGGAACUGCAGUUGCAAUGACUGUGUCUGGUGCGCCUGAAGCAGGUCAAUUCGUUGGGGCAGCGGCCACAUCUGAUGACGUUGGAACAUUCAAUGGUGGUAGUUACCGUAUUAGCCACCGCGAUACUAACACAAUUCUCACUAUCCAGCUCGCAAUGGGCUGUCCUAUGUCGGGCAAGCCAGGUGCAAUGAUUGCCAUGUCGCCCUCUGUUACUCUGAAAGGCCAAAUCAAGUUCAGCAUGAAGAAGAUGAUCACCGGAAGUGACAUGUCAAGCUCGACAUACAUUGGUCCAGGAGAGGUUCUUCUUGCGCCCCACAGCCUUGGUGAUAUCACUACCCUUCGCCUCACAGGCAAAGAGGCCUGGUCUGUAGGUCACGAUGCAUUUUUGGCUUGUACUCAAGGUGUUAUCAAGGACUUCAAGAGACAGGGAUUGGGAAAGGCUAUGUUCAGUGGCGAGGGUCUCUGGGUUUAUAAGAUCAGUGGCGUAGGACUGUUGUGGGUUUCGAGCUUCGGUGCUAUCAUUCAUAAGACACUUGUCGAGGGUGAGAAGUACAUCGUGGAUAAUGGGCAUCUAAUUGCCUGGAACUGCAAGUACGUCAUGGAGCGUGUUGCCUCUGGAGGUAUCAUCUCAGGUAUUGCUUCAGCAGAGGGUUUGGUUUGCAAAUUUACCGGUCCUGGAACGGUCUACAUGCAGACUCGGAACUCGAGGGCAUUUGCUGCUUUCAUGGGUGGGCAGCAGUAUCAGGGAUAG